UCCAGUCAGAAGGUCCUCGCCAAGCCUCAGUCCGCCUGACGAUCAGGACCGGGUCUUCUUGCGUUUUGACUGCGAGGACUUUUAUCUCAGAAUGGCUCGAGCAGACAGCGGAGGCUUGGACGUCACGGAGGUAAACCCAUGUAAAGUGAAAGAGGAGGGGCGGAGUGCUGUGCACACAGAAGAGAAUGGAUUCGAGGACAGUCUGGACCACAGCACAGAGAAGGGUCAGAUGGAUUUGAAGACUGCCUUAAAUGAAUGCUCAGUGGCUCUGAGUCUCUUUCUGAACAACAAGUUUUCUGAGGCUUUAGAUGUACUCCGACCGUGGAGGGAAGAGAGCGUGUAUCAUGCUAUGGGAUACAGCAGCAUCUUGGCCAUGCAGGCAGGAAUGACUUUUGAUCCCAAGGACAUGCAGUCAGCUAUAGUGGCUCUGCGAGACGCUCUCAACACAUGCCAAAGAAUGAGGAAAAGGAGCACGGUUCUGGAGGCAAUUUCUUACAUGGUGUACAAACAUGAACCCAGACAGUUGACUGAAGAGGAGAUGCACGCUGAGCUCUGCUAUGCAGAGUUGCUGCUGCAGAGGGCAGUUCUCACCUUUGUAGAGGAUGAAAGUAUGAUUGGCUUCCUCAAAGCUGGACUCAAAAUGAGAACAAGUUACCUGAUCUUCAAGGAGUGUGAGAGCAUGCUGGACCAGGCCAAAGACAAGGACACACACAUCCAUUUUGUUGGUGGUGUCAAUAUGGGGAUUGGAUCCUUUAACUUGAUGCUGUCUCUGUUCCCUGCCAGGGUUCUCAGGCUCUUGGAAUUUGUUGGUUUCUCAGGAAACAGAGAGGUGGGUUUGAAUCACCUGCACCAUGGUGUUGCAACCACCAGCCUCCGCUCCAUCCUCAGCACCUUCACCCUCCUCAUGUUCAACAUCUACAUCACGGUUAUUUUAGGUACUGGGGAGUGUAAUCUUGCUGAGGCAGAUGCUUUGCUUGAACCCUAUGCUCAAAAGUUCCCCACAGGUGCGCUCAUGCUCUUCUACGCUGCCCGGAUUGCAGUGCUUAAGGGAGACUUUGAGACGGCGCAGAGGAAGUUCCUGGAGUGCAUUGCGGUUCAGCAGGAGUGGCGUCAGAUCCACCAUCUGUGUUACUGGGAGCUGAUGUGGAUCCACUCAUUCCAGCAGGACUGGCUGGAGGCCUACCGCUAUGCUGACCUGCUUUGUAAGGAAAGCAAGUGGUCUCAGGCUGUCUAUGUGUUCCAGAAAGCCUCCAUUCUCAGCAUGCUUACAGCAGAAGAAGUGAAGAAGACGGGCGAGGAUGUAGUGGAGCUGUUCAGGCAAGUGGAAAGUCUGAGGUUGCGGUUUGCAGGAAAGUCUGUGCCCACAGAGAAAUUUGCUGCUCGGAAAGCCAGACGCUACAGCUCGCCCAACCCAAUAAAGCUGAUUGUACCAGCAUUGGAAAUGAUGUACGUGUGGAACGGAUUCACUAUUGUUGGUAAAAGGCCGGAGCUGACACAAAACCUCCUCGUCACCAUCGAGAAGGCUGAGGAGGACCUGAGAAAUGCUGGUAACCCGUCAGUAUACCACGCAGAUGACCAGAGUCUGAUUCAAAUGCUGAAAGGCCUCUGUCUGAGACAUCUGGGCCGUCUGGAGCAGGCAGAGCACUGCUUCAACUACGUUAUCUCCAGUGAGAAGAGUAUCAGUUAUGACCACUAUCUGGUGCCGUUUACUAUGUGUGAACUUGGUCUCCUCUACAAGCAGCAGGGAGCUGUAGAAAAAGCUGUUAUCCACCUUGAAAAGGCCAAGCUGAAUUAUAAGAACUACUCUAUGGAGUCCAGGCUGCAUUUCCGAAUCCAUGCAGCACUGACCAGUCUGGCUGAUGAGGAGAAAGUGGCACAAAAGCACAGCAUGACUGCUUAAGAUGACCCUGCAGAAGACUUGGAAUGCGUUUUUAAUGGAUCAAAACAUCGUUUGGUGAUCUUUUGGCCUUUGACUGCAUCAGGUCCGCUUUAUGUGAAAGAGUACGAGUUGCCUGAGGGUUUUUUUGUUGAAGGUUGAUGGGGGUUGAACUUUUAUUAAACACAAAGUCUAGGAUGGUACUCAAGAUAUUCCACUGAACACUGUUUUGUGCCUUUUCUUGCUUUUAACGCACGGCUCUGGAUGGAAAUGGCCUGUUCACCCUGGAUUUGUGAUGUCAUCCAAAGUUAAAAACAGUAAAUAUUGCACAAGUCAAAGUAAAUAUGUAUGCAUGUAUCUAUGGCUGGGCCAUCUUUCCUGGGAAAAAUAUUGGAAUGAUGUUGAUGUUGUAGUGUGCUUUCAUACCAUCCACGUGCCUGAAGUUCACAGCAUUAUUAGUCAAUAUGUGGACACACAGUAUAACGACUAACAUGGGCAAUUAAUUAUGGGCUAUUUUUAUUUUAUCAGGUUUUGUUCUAAUUGUCUUUCAUUCACUGAAAGCUGGCAGAGUUACGUCUAUAUAAUCUUUACUGUAGUCUGGUAAACUACAUUUCCAUAUCCAUUUGUCUCUUGUCCUCUACAUGGUAAUUCUUCAGCAUCUACACAUUGGCUUCUUGCUGAAAAUGUUUCUCUGUAUGCUACAAAAUAAUAAUUUCCUGUGUUGAUGUUAGCUGUGUGCUCCCGGAGAGCUGGCGGGAUCUCAGAAAUUGUUUCCAUCGUCAGAAGAGGGGCAGAACCCCCUGCUCAGGAUGCUUUAGUAGUACGUUAUAGAUCUAGAGAGAGAAAAGGGUUCUGCGAAAUCCCUUCUAGCAGAAUAAAUGGACAAUAAUGACUC